GACAAGAAGGACAACAGCGUGUGAGAAAAAGGCCACUAACGAGUGCAGAGAGCAGGAGAGGAGAAACAGAUGUUGUGACAGCCCUGAGUGGAGAGUGUGUUAUUGCCACGAAUGCAAAGAAGCUGUGGAUCUCACACAGUACAUUUUACAGCACAGAUUCUACUUUGACCAGGUUUUUGGAGAAGAUAGCUCCAACGAGGAAGUUUAUCAGAGUGCAGUGUUUCCUCUGGUUCAGCACAUGCUGAGUGGAGGUAAGGCAACUUGUUUUGCAUAUGGCCAGAUGGGUGCAGGGAAGACUCAUACCAUGUUGAGCUCAUCCACAAAGAUGCCAGGGUUGUAUGCACUGGCAGUGCGGGACAUUUUUAAACACCAGUCCACCUCUCAAACACUCACUCUGGUGUAUGUUAGUUUCUUUGAGAUUUACUGCGGUCAGCUGUACAACCUGUUGGACCGAAGAAAAAGGGUAUAUGCCAGAGAGGAUGGACAGAAGGUGGUUCACAUCGCUGCUCUGCGGGAUGUCAGGGUGGAGUCGGUCAAUUCAAUGCUGGAGGUUUAUCUCUUCUUAUUGCCAUAUAGGACAAUCAAGAGCCGGUGCUAUUUACAUGAAAUCAUCAACCCAUGUCACACAUGACAUCUUAUUAUGCUUUAUCAUGUUGUUUUUAGGAUUAAGAUUAAAAAGUCCUUUAUUAGACUCACAGUGGGGAAAUUGCAGUUGAGUUAAUAAAUAAAUUAUUGAAGAUAAUAAUUACAGAGAAACAAAGACUGUACAUAAUGAGUUAAACAAGUUCACAUAUUACGAUUUUUAGCAUUAACUGAAAUUAAACAGGUGAGCGACAUUCCACGUGGAAUAUUGCACAUAUCUUUGCUAUAACAUAAGUUAAUGCUAGUUAUACAGUUAUUGCACAUAUACAGUUUUAGUAUGAUGUAUUGAUGACUACAUAUCCUAAUCACCUCACUCUCUGUCUCUGGUCUCUCUGUCCUCCUGUCGCCUCCUUCAUCUUGAAAAGGUGAUUUCUCACGGCAGUGAGGAGCGCACACAGGGAGCAAGUGGAGCAAAUUCACUUUCUUCUCGUUCUCACGCCUUGCAUAAAAUUCAGCUUAGAAAUCCAAACCAGCAGACAGCUGGCAUGUAUGUACACCAUAUUACCAAAAGUAUU